CCCAACCCAUCCAAACACAACUCAACAAGAAAGCCCCUCGACAUACACAUACCUACCCAUACCCAACAACAAAAAAACCAAACAAGAUGUCCUCCAACGUCGGCCUCUCCACGCCCCGAGGUAGCGGCACAUCCGGCUACGUGCAGCGCAACAGCGCCUUCAUGAAACCCCGCAACACGGGCUACGGGGCGCCUUACCCGCCCGUCGCCGGCGCGGGCGCCGCACUGGACGCGGGCAAACCGUUUAGGCAGCGGAUGCCGGAUCGGCAGAUUCUGGAGCAUGAUCGGCGGAGGGAGAUUGAGGUGAGGGUUAUGGAGGAGAGGGAGAGGUUGGAGGAGGAGAAUGAGGAGAUUGAGGAGAUGCGGGGGAAGAAGGGUGGGGAGGAUGGGGAGGUUGAUGAGAGUGGUGAUGGUGACGGUGAUGGUGAUGGUGAGGGGAAGAGGAGGGUUCUCUCCGAAGAGGAGAUCGAUGAGCGGUGUGAGGUUUUGAGGGCGAGAUUGUUGAGGGAGUUGGAUGAGGAUGAUUUUUCGAGGGGAGGGCGUUCCGGGCCUGCGGAUGGCAGGAAGGACGGGAACAAAGGCAGGAAACAGUUCAAGGCGUAUCAGGUGCAUGAGCUUGCUGAGGCGAAGAUCGAGGAGAGUGAGCGGUUGCGGAGGGCGUUGGGGAUUAGGGAGGAUAAGGAGACGGGGGAGAUUUCGAGCUCGAGGGGGUAUCCUGCUUUUGAGAAGAGGAGGGAGAGGGAGAGGUAUUAGUCUUUUCUUUCUUCUUUUCUUUCUAUCCGGGUUUGUUGGUUUAGGCUUUGGCGUUAGGGUUAUCAUUAUCAGGUACCUACUAUUACUAUGUUGAUCAAAAUGAAGACGAUUGAGCUGAAGAUUAGAGAAAAU